AAACGUUCGCUUUAUCGUUUUUCAAACUUUUUUAACCCAUUUCCCCACGCCAUUCACUUAGAAAUCUAAGCAAAACGACUGUCUGUACCCCGGCUUCUAUUACCCGGAGAUUUGGGGGAAAUCCCCUUUCCAGUCUCACUCCGGGGCCGCCCUCAGCCGUCGCGCCCCACAGCCGGGGUCGGCUCCGGGCAUCCUUCCCCUUUUUUGGGGUGGAUGAAGGGCCAGCCUCCCCAUAUUCUAGCUCAAAUCACCAGCCGGAGGAGCAGCGCGGCUCUGCGGGAGCGCUGGAAGGAGGGGCCCGACCGAGCUAGAAAUGCCUCCUUUUUGGAAAGCUCUUUUUUGCCGGCAGCCAGCCCGGCUCAACGUCCCCUCACUGUCUCCUUUCCCCCGAACCCCGCAGAGCAAUUCGUUGAGAAGUCCUCCUGCGCGCAGCCUCUGAGCGAUCUGUCCGGCCUGGAGCCCCACGGGGACUUCAGCGGCAGCCCCUCGGCCCUGUGUACCGAGCCCCUCAUCCCCACCACCCCCAUCAUCCCCAGCGAGGAGAUGGCCAAAAUCUCCUGCAGCCUGGAGACCAAGGAGCUGUGGGACAAGUUUCACGAGCUGGGCACGGAGAUGAUCAUCACCAAGUCCGGCAGGAGGAUGUUUCCCACGAUCAGGGUUUCUUUCUCGGGGGUGGAUCCUGAAGCCAAGUACAUCGUGCUAAUGGAUAUCGUUCCGGUGGACAAUAAGAGAUACAGAUAUGCCUACCACCGCUCCUCCUGGCUGGUGGCUGGGAAAGCCGACCCUCCGCUCCCAGCAAGGCUGUACGUGCACCCCGACUCCCCGUUCACAGGUGAGCAGUUGCUGAAGCAGAUGGUGUCGUUUGAGAAGGUGAAGCUCACGAACAACGAGCUGGAUCAGCAUGGCCACAUCAUUUUAAACUCCAUGCACAAGUACCAGCCAAGAGUCCACAUCAUUAAGAAGAAAGAUCACACGGCUUCUUUGUUAAAUCUGAAAUCCGAAGAGUUCAGGACAUUUAUCUUUCCAGAGACAGUUUUUACUGCUGUCACAGCCUACCAGAAUCAAUUGAUAACCAAGUUGAAAAUUGACAGCAACCCUUUUGCCAAAGGAUUCCGCGACUCUUCCAGACUCACUGAUAUCGAGAGAGAAAGUGUGGAGAGCCUUAUCCAAAAGCAUUCCUAUGCCCGAUCCCCGAUUCGAACCUAUGGUGGAGAAGAUGAUCUGGGAGAUGACAGCCAGGCAACGCAAAGCAGAGGAUCAGCUUUUACAACAUCUGAUAACCUGUCCCUCAGUUCCUGGGUAUCCUCUUCAACCAGUUUUCCUGGAUUUCAGCAUCCCCAGUCUUUGAGUGCCCUGGGUACCAGCACUGCAUCCAUUGCUACGCCUAUUCCUCAUCCAAUCCAAGGAUCCUUGCCUCCCUACAGCCGCUUGGGAAUGCCUCUAACGCCCUCUGCGAUAGCCAGCUCCAUGCAAGGUACUGGCCCCACUUUCCCUUCUUUCCACAUGCCAAGGUACCACCAUUACUUUCAGCAGGGUCCUUAUGCAGCCAUCCAGGGACUGCGUCACUCCUCCGCAGUCAUGACACCGUUUGUAUGACUGAUGUAAGAUGACAGAAGCAUAAGAUUUUAAAUGUGCAAGCUUGGUAUGAAAAAAUAUAAGGGACCUUCUCAAAAGGCCUGCGGUGGGAGACUGCUGAACUCAAACCAGCUAAGAAAAUGCUUUGUGGAGAUUGAUUCCUCCAUUGAGGGAUCACAAGAAGAGAGCACGCAGCUUGGAGCUGCUCACAGACCUAUGUGUAACACAGUCAAAACAGAUCCCAGAGUUCCCAGGAUUUCUGGUCAUGUGCAGGUUGUUCCAAAGGUUCGUUAAGCCUCGUGGAAAGAGACUAUGUUUAUGCAGCAGUGUACAAAUUAAUUGUGUAUAAGUCUUUUUCUGUAUGCUAGAAGGAUUCUGAAAAAGGCAAUACUCUUAUUCAUCCUCACCUCUUCUUGUGACUAAUGAGCAUCUAAACAGAAAAAUGUAUCCCUGUAACUUUAAGCAUGUUUUAGGCUAUGGGAAUAGGAAUGGGACAAAGUGGAGAAAGGCCACUGUCCUUUUUAAAAGUCUGGCUUUUAUUCACCAAGAGCAGUAUUUUAUAAUUGCUACUAUAAUCUCAUAGAGAAAAUCAUUAGCAAGUAUUUAUUUCUUUCUUUGAUCUUUCUUUGUUUCUUUCACAAAACACUUAACAGUUCUGAGAAGAACUGUGUUACAGGCCGGAAGCAGUGAUGAUGCAUUCUGUUCUGCUUCUCUCAUAUCCUAGGAGGAGCAAUUUAGCAGAUAUGAUGAAGGAAAACACUGAGUUUUAGAAAAUCUGUUGCUUUUAAACUUAGAAACUCAAGACACUAAAUUUUUAAGCCAAAGCUACUGUUUGCUGCUGUGCUUGCCAUACGUCCAGCUGCAAAAGAGUACCAUUAUUUAGCAGUAUUUCAGGUUAGAUCAGUCUAUAUCUAGACUCUAGAUCAAUAAUCAGUAGAUUCAUACAAAAAUAACAGUAUCUUGGAGUGUCUUUCUACUUACUCUGUUUUCUUGGGUAUGGUCAUAGGUGUUGCUAGACAAGCUGUUUGGCCAAGACACAAGAGUUGUACUUUUGAGUUUUUCAAGUCCCAGUUUCCUUGGGAAAAUAUCAUUGACGAGGUUUGCCUAUAAUUUUUUUUUUAUUCACAUCUGCCUUAUUUUAGUUAGUGAGAAGAGUUCUCACUGAAAAUACUGCCUGCUUUUUCUACUACGUUGUGUUUGAGGCAACAGAAGAUCCGUGGAUUCAUAGGAAAAAAUGACCUCUGCAGAGAGCUAGCAUGAAUCCUUUGCACUGCUGAAAAGGGAACUGGUGUGAUGCUGGUUUUCUGCCUGUAAAUAAGUCAACACAGACUUUCUGUGUGUUGUUGCAUCCAAGUUGUAGUGGUAACAUCUAUUAGUAAAAAAAGGACUUGCAAUUCAAUCUUACACAAUAAGAGAUUAGUGUAGAGCUGGAACAGAUAGAAAGACAUUUCGGCACUAUUCUCCUCUACUCUUGACCAGUGGAUGUUGGUGACAUAAAAUGAGAAGUAUAGUGCAGUCCACUGAGUGAAGUGCAGGGCAGGUCACCAGCUUCUGUUGUUGUCCCAGUGCCUCAUCAUACCAGCUUGGUCACAGACAGCAGUGACAACAUCCCAGACUUUUCCCAGCUUCUAUUAUAGGCCAGUGCAUACAUUGAAAGAUAAGGACCAUCUGUGUAUUUUCCAGUAGUUGAAUUUAACAUCUCUCAAAUGGGCCAUUACAAUCACCUUAGUCAUUUGCUGUAUCAUCCUAAUUUUCCCUUUACUCACUGUUGGGCAUGCUAAUAAAAAAUGACCUGGGAAAAAUCGGCAACUUUUGUGCUCUGCACGUGAGUGAAACCAAACCUCUAUUUGCAGUCUCUGGGUUUAGCACUACUACAAGGAGGUCUGUAAAAACAUGAGCCAACCUCUGCAGUUUUUAAGUGGCUUAGAAUCAGACACUGACUAAAUUGUCUUGAUAUAUCUAAACAUUAAAUUUUGCUAUAGAUUCAUCUGGGAAGUGCACGUUGCAAGGUUGUGCGUGCUCAUGGCCUGUUCUAACAUAAUAAUACUAUUUUUCAUGAAAUUGCAUGAUACUGAAAAAAUCUAGAUUAUACUGGAAGAGUGCUGCAAGAAAAUACCUCCUUAAGUAAAUAUCCAAUUCUACAGACAUAAAAAUUUCAGGGGAGAUUUGGAAGGAAACUUUAAUGUCUCUUCUUCAGCUGCUUGACUUCUGUUUAAAAAAACAAACAAACAAACAAAAGCACACAGCUGUACGAAGGUCCUGUGGUGAAGUUCAUUACAGCCUGUGGGGAAGUUCUGUUUCUCGUAUCUAUUUCCUUUUGCAGCUCCAUUAACUUAUCUGAAGCUGCAGUGAAUACGGUUAGGUCCAGAAAUCAAACCAGUAGCUUUAAUCCUGGUACUCAUGCUAGAAAGGGGUCAAGUAGGAGGAAGGCAGCUUUCUCAUGGCUUCAGAAAUAAGUUUGCAACAGGUAAGUUGGUUUAGGGAAGCUGUUCAAUUUAUCUAAAGACUGCCCACAUGUUGACCUGUCCUUCCUUUGUGAGUCAAAUUUGGAGAAACAAACCGUACAAUUUUUAGCCCUUCUCCAAUCUCAGUUCUAAAAACACCAAUAUUUGGCAUGUAAAAAUUCCCCUGGUUCUGCUUCAGAGAAAAUGCUCCAGGUUCUUCUUGAAGGAAUGAAACCCGAUUUUGACAUCAUUUACAAAAAUAAUGAAAAGCAUUUCUCUUUCAUUUGGUACAAGUAAAAUGUGUUGCAUACCUGAAAAAGAUGGCAAUAGACUUCCCCUGUAUAAAAACCGGGCAAGGCCAACACCUUCCAGAUUUUCUGUGAUGAGGUUUACUUUGGAGAUGACCAAGAAAAAUUUCUGCAGAAUUAUCUGUCAAAUCCACAGCCUGAUUUUUCCAGUCAGGUCAAGGCUCAGGACCUUCUCUCCACCUAAUUUCUUCUCACCCUUCCGUGGGCAGCAGGAGAGUGAUUCCACCAUGAAAUUCCUGCUCCUCUUUAGUGAGAAAUUUCUUGACUGUAAGCAAGACAGGAUUUCAUUCAUAUUUACAUUCUUUCCUAAAAAAAAAGUCUGUCUGCAUGGAUGGUGGUUAUGAUAGCAGCAAUACAGGAACUUUGCAGAGCAGACUGAAAAACAGCUAUCAGUCAGCUUCAGCACUGAGUGCAUAACUGAAAAAAACAUGAAUGUAAAUGUGUCAUUAAUUGGUUAAAGAAGAAAACAGUUUUGCUUCAAAUUGCACUACUUUCAAAAUAACUCAGUAAUUUAUUGAAGGAAUUGCUGUACUGCUGUCACAAUUCUAUCACUUUCAGGAUAGAACAUCUGUUGCUGGUAGAUGUUCUAGGAAUGCCAAAUGUAAUCUAGAGUUUAUUUUCCAAUAUAAUUCAUGUUUUAUAUCCCAUGAGAAGUGCUCUUCACCUUUACGAGCUAUCUUGGCUGAGCAAACUGGUGCUGCUUAGUGGUUCUUUUCUUUAUUAUUGUUUUAUUGAAGAAGGGUGGAGAGAACAUGCCUGAAUGUGCUUUUCAUAAAGCAUGAUAAGAUUACCUUCCAAAGUGUUAAAAGUACUUUUGGGUGUUUUCUGGAUUACCCUUUUAUCCAAAGACAGUUAACAGCCUUAGGUCUUUUAUCCAACAAAAGCACCCCAAGACUAACAGAGCUGACAUAAACAUGUUCUAUACAUAUUUUUUUUUCUUCUAGUUUUGGAGCUAGAAAUUUGGCUGUUUGUUUUGUGGUGCUGGUUUACGUGGCCCGAGGAACUCUAAAAGAUAAAAAUUCAGUCCUGCUGGUUUCAGGGUACUCUCCAGAUAGAAACAGGCAAACAGGCACACACUAAGUGGAUAAAGGUGCAGUUUUUAAUGGAAAUGCUUCUUUACGAGCUCAGCUGCAGUGUGCUGUAUGAUACCUAACAUCAUCGUAGUGCAGCCUGAAAAAUGCAAUGGAAAAAUUUUCCCCAGAAGGCUUCAUUCUUGGAUAAAGGAUACACACAUGCAGUGUGCACCUGAAGGUUGUGACACAUUACAAACAGGUAUUCGUGUGAAGGUGGUGCAGCUUCCAGCAUCCAACAAACAUUAAUCGGUGUUUGAAAACGAAUCUCUUCUGAAUUGAAAAAGGCUUGGGCUGGCAACUUGAUUAUAUGCUACAUCCUCUGUAUGCACGUGGAUGCCAUAAAGAAACAGAAAUAUCAAUGAAGAAUAUUGCAAAAACAUGGGGAGCUUUCCAAAACUGGAAGGUAAUGAAGCUGUGGUAAUUCCUUCCUGGAUAAGGGGUAGAGAGACGGUGAGAUCAGCGUAACGUUUUGGGCUCCUUAUCUGGAAGGAAGUCUUGGCCUCAGAGCUUUAUGCUCAUCAUCUGCAGAGGGCUGAUGUUCACUCACUGCAAGAUAGUGUUUCAUUUUGCUGAGAUGUUUUUCUCACCGUUCCUUACAGAGUGCUUUCUGCUGCAGAUGUGGUUUCUGUACUAUUUACUUGCUGGCCAGAGGGUUUAUGUACUGACUCUGUGAUAAACUGUCCCCAAAUAUAGUCUUUAGUUUAUAACAUAACAACUUCCUUUCCUUUAUCUUCCUAAAAGAAACUAAGCAGCGAUUUAAAUAAACUUUGAAUUAACUUCUUAUAAUACUUUAAGGACAAAAAAUACAGUUUGCUGUAUUUUACCUUUAGCACAUUUAAACAACUUUUUUUUUUUCUUCUUGUUUGUUUUUUUUUUUUUCCAAUUGUACCUUCAGAAACAUGAGGAAAGAUUUGUUUGAAAAGUAAGGAAGGUAAAAACUGGAUGUAAUCUCUUUAACAGAAUGUACCACAGUUCUGCUGUUUGCUGUGUUGACUUUGUUGUUUAUGAUGCGUUGCGUGAGCACAUUCACCAUGUACUGAAGUGUGUGUUUGUGUGUACGGGGUGGGGAGGGGGAAAUCUUUUUAUGGAAAAAGAAGUUAUGGACAUAAACUAUGAAGCAACAUCUAACGAAAAGUUUCUUUUUAAGUGCAAUAUAUUUAUUUCUGCUAGAAAUAUAAUAUCAACAUUAUGUAAUAUUUGAAGCAUUAAAUGUUAUUUGUAAACAGCUUAAAAUUAUAUAUAUAUAUAUAUAUAUAUCACCAAAUUGUACAGAAGUGCAAAUGUGUGGAUAUUCAGUUUCUUUCAUUAAAAUAUUGGGUGUUUUGAUAUAUCAUUCUUAUUUA